CAUGUGACCUUCACCCCCUCCAACAUGUGUCUAAUUCUCUGCCCUAUAGGAGUGGAUGGGGGGGGGGGGGGGCUGCAACCUUUCCACCAUCCCAUCCUCUAUCCAGUCAAGCUUUACCUCCACUGACAUCUCAGCAGUGAAGGGGAUAGACCAAUCCUCUCAGGGAAAGAGAAGCAAGGCCAAGAAAGCAUUCUGUACGUUUUUUGUACUAUCUGACACAAUUACACUGAAAGACCACCUUGAGAUAGCUCAGCUCAUCGCUACCGCCCCUGCUGAUUCAGAAGGGGCGAAGACGAACACACGCUGUCCUCCAAAGACGGUGCUGUUAGCCGCCCGCUUUUUUACACACUGCAGACUCAACAUGAAGUCACCUGGAGCUACAGUGUCAGAGGACAACACAGCCCUGGGCAGCUUACAGGUAAGCCCUGUGGCGCCCGACCAGACCACAGGGGGUCGUUGGUGUGUGGUGAUCCAAGGACACCCUGGCCGACCUAACCCUCCCUCCCCCCAGGCAGCGCUCGGCCAGUUGUGCACCGCCCCCUGGGAGCUCCCGUCCUCGGUCGGGAAAGGAAUAACCUGGACUCGAACCAGCAACGUUCAGACUAUAGGGACAUCCUGCACUCUACCCAAGUGCGUUUAUUGGAUGCACCCAUAUCUGAGAUAUAUUAUCCAAUAGAUUCAUCUUGUUUAGUUUCACUUUUUGUCAUUGUAUUUUUAGUCACCACAUCCUGAUGUCUUAAAUAUACAGAAGUUUCAGAAAUCAAUGUGGUUUCUUAGUCUUAUCUUCCAGAUGCAGUACAUCUGGUACACCAAAGUGUUACCAUUAACCUGCCCCCUGUUUAGUGUUGAGGGUUGCAGGGGUGAGGCAACAUUCAAAUUUUAA